GCCCGCGGGCGGGCUGAGGGGGGAGGGAGUUGCUGAGCCGCGUCCUGCCCUGCUCGGCUUCCGCGAGCCGCCGAGAGCCGUGCCCUGCGCUCCGCUGCGGCGCAGGGUUGACACCGGAGCGAGCGCGGGCCCCAGCCGUUGGCACCGGCGGGGCGCGGCGGACCCCGGCCCUAGGAGGAGGACCAGGAGGGCGCGGAGGCGCUCGUGUCCCCACCGACCAGCCGGGGUCCUGGCCACUGCGCGCGGCACGUGCGGCGACCCACCCUGUGCGCCAUGCGCCGGCCGCGGCUCCCCAGCGCCGCCCUUUAGCGCCGCGGCGGCCGAGCGACCCCGGGCCGGCCCCGCGGGCCCCUCGGGCAUGGAGCCGCACGUGCUCGGCGCCGUCCUCUACUGGCUGCUGCUGCCCUUCUCGCUCCUGGCUGCCUGCCUCUUCCGCGUCAACGCGCUCUCGCUGGUCUACCUGCUGUUUCUGUUGCUGCUGCCCUGGUUCCCGGGCCCCUCCCGGCACAGCAUCCAAGGUCACACUGGCCGCCUCCUCCGAGUCCUGCUGGGCUUCAGCCUCCUCUUCCUGGCAGCCCACCUCACCUUCCAGAUAUGCCUGCAUACCAUGCCCCACCUGGACCAGCUUCUGGGGCCGAGCUGCAGCACCUGGGACACCAUCUCCCGACACAUAGGGGUCACGAGGCUGGACCUGAAGGACGUGCCCAGCGCCAUCCGCCUGGUGGCCCCCGACCUGGGUGUCCUGGCGGCCUCCUCCUUGUGCCUUGGCGUCUGCAGGCGCCGCACGCAGAAGGCCCGGCGGAGCCAGCGCGCCCAGGAGCCGGACGAUGAUGAUGGGGAUGUGGAUGCCGGCUCCCUGGUGGGGCUGCAGGAAGCCCCUGCACUGCCCCGCAAGCGGAGAUCGUGGCUGGCCGCCCGGUUCCGGAUCACAGCCCACUGGCUGCUGGUGGCCGCUGGGCGGACUCUGGCCGUAGUGCUGCUCGCGCUGGCAGGCAUCGCCCACCCCUCAGCCUUCUCCAGUGUCUACUUCCUGCUCUUCCUGACCAUCUGCACCUGGUGGGCCUGCCACUUUCCCAUCAGCCCCCUGGGCUUCAGUGCACUCUGCGUCAUGGUGGGCUGCUUUGGCACCGGCCAUCUCCUCUGCCUCUACUGCUACCAGACGCCCCUCGCCCAGUCUGUGCUCCCACCUGCCAGCAUCUGGGCCAGGGUGUUCGGUCUCAAGGACUUCGUGGCCCCCGCCAACUGCUCCAGCCCCAACGUGCUGGUCCUCAACACCAGCCACGACUGGCCCGUCUACGUGAGCCCCGGCAUUUUACUGCUUCUCUGCUACACCGUGACCUCGCUCCUGAAGCUCCGAGUGCGCCAGCCCGCGGACUGGGGGAAGGAGGCGGCCGGGGACGAGGAGGAGCGGGAGGUGGAGCUGACCGAGGUGGACCGGUGGCCCCAGGGCCAGGCCAGGGCUGCAGCCACCAAGGAGGAGGAGGCCACCCAGCACACGAUGCCCGUGCCCGUGCCGCCGGACCCUGAGGACAACUGCAUCGUGCACGACCUCACGGGCCACAGCGCUGUCCAGCAGCGGCCCCCGCACCCCAGGCUGACUGGGCUUAAGGAGACGUCUCCGUUGCACGGCCUGGGCCACCUCGUCAUGGACCAGAGCUACGUGUGUGCCCUCAUUGCCAUGAUGGUGUGGAGCAUCACGUAUCACAGCUGGCUGACCUUCGUGCUGCUGCUCUGGGCCUGUCUCAUCUGGACCGUACGCAGCCGCCACCAGACGGCCAUGCUCUGCUCGCCGUUCAUCCUGCUCUACGGGCUGGCGCUCUGCAGCCUGCGCUACGUGUGGGCCAUGGACCUGCAGCCCGAGCUGCCCACCGCCCUGGGCCCCGUCAGCCUGCGCCAGCUGGGGCUGGAGCACACCCGCUACCCCUGCCUGGACCUGGGCGCCAUGCUGCUGUGCACCCUGACCUUCUGGCUCCUGCUGCGGCAGUUUGUGAAGGAGAAGCUGCUGAAGAGGGCGCGGGACCCCGUGGCGCUGACGGAGGUCACCGUGGCCGCCACAGAGCCCGUGCGGACGCGGACGCUGCUGCGGAGCCUGGGGGAGCUGGUCAGGGGCGUGUACGCCAAGUACUGGGUCUACGUGUGCGCCGGCAUGUUUAUCGUGGUCAGCUUCGCCGGCCGCCUUGUCGUGUACAAGAUCGUCUACAUGCUCCUCUUCCUGCUCUGCCUCACCCUCUUCCAGGUCUACUACAGCCUGUGGCGGAAGCUGCUCAAGGCGUUCUGGUGGCUGGUGGUGGCCUACACCAUGCUGGUGCUGGUGGCCGUCUACACCUUCCAGUUCCAGGACUUCCCCGCCUACUGGCGCAACCUGACCGGCCUCACGGAUGAGCAGCUGGGGGACCUGGGCCUGGAGCAGUUCAGCGUGUCCGAGCUCUUCUCCAGCAUCCUGGUGCCUGGCUUCUUCCUGCUCGCCUGCAUCCUGCAGCUGCACUACUUCCACAGGCCUUUCAUGCAGCUCACCGACCCCGAGCACCGCCCCCCGCCCAGCGCCCGCACCCUGCGCCGGGCUCACAGGCAGGACACGGUGAGCGGGACCCCCCUGCUGCAGCAAGAGGAAGAGGAGGCGGCACCCAGAGACGAGGGGCUGGGCGUGGCCAGCCCCCACCAGGCCAUACAGGUCCCGGAGGCCAGCAAGUGGGGCCUGGUGGCAGAGCGGCUACUGGACCUGGCCGCCAGCUUCUCGGACGUCCUCACCCGCACGCAAGUGCUCACGCGGCGCCUGCUGGAGCUGCACGUCUUUAAGCUAGUGGCCCUGUACACCGUGUGGGUGGCCCUGGAGGAGGUGUCGGUGCUGAACUUCCUGCUGGUCGUGCUCUGGGCCUUCGCCCUGCCCUACCCCCGCUUCCGGCCCAUGGCCUCCUGCCUAGCCACCGUGUGGACCUGUGUCAUCAUCGUAUGCAAGAUGCUGUACCAGCUGAAGGUCGUCAGCCCCCACGAGUACGCCAGCAACUGCACCGAGCCCUUUCCCAACAGCACGAACCUGCAGAAGACGGAGAUCCACGAGUCCUUGCUGUACCGGGGACCCAUCGACCCCGCCAACUGGUUUGGGGUGCGGAAGGGCUUCCCGAACCUGGGCUACAUCCAAAACCACCUGCAGAUCCUGCUGCUGCUGGUGUUCGAGGCCGUGGUGUACCGGUGCCAGGACUACCACCGCCGCCGGCACGCGCUGGCCCCGCUGCCAGCCCAGGCCGUCUGCGCCGACGGCACCCGCCAGCGCCUGGACCGCGACCUGCCCAGCUGCCUCAAGUACUUCGUCAACUUCUUCUUCUACAAAUUUGGGCUGGAGAUCUGCUUCCUGAUGGCCGUGAACGUGAUUGGGCAGCGCAUGAACUUCAUGGUCAUCCUGCACGGCUGCUGGCUGGUGGCCAUCCUCACCCGCCGGCGCCGUGAGGCCAUCGCCCGCCUCUGGCCCAACUACUGCCUCUUCCUGGCGCUCUUCCUGCUCUACCAGUACCUGCUGUGCCUGGGCAUCCCCCCCGCCCUGUGCAUCGACUACCCGUGGCGCUGGAGCCGGGCUGUCCCCGUGAACUCUGCCCUGAUCCGGUGGCUCUACCUGCCUGACUUCUUCAGUGCCCCCAACGCCACCAACCUCAUCAGUGAUGUCCUCCUGCUGCUCUGCGCCGCCCAGCAGUGGCAGGUGUUCUUGGCCGAGCGCACGGAGGAAUGGCAGCUCAUGGGAGGCGUUAACACUGACCGCUUGGAGCCGCUGCAAGGGGAGCCCAACCCCGUGCCCAACUUCAUCCACUGCAGGUCCUACCUCGACAUGCUGAAGGUGGCCAUCUUCCGCUACCUCUUCUGGCUGGUGCUGGUGGUGGUGUUCGUCACGGGCGCCACGCGCGUCAGCAUCUUCGGGCUGGGCUACCUGCUGGCCUGCUUCUACCUGCUGCUGUUCGGCACCAGCCUGCAGCAGAAGGACACGCGCGCCCGCCUCGUGCUGUGGGACUGCCUCAUUCUCUACAAUGUUACCGUCAUCGUCUCCAAGAACAUGCUCUCGCUGCUGUCCUGCGUCUUCGUGGAGCAGAUGCAGAGCAGCUUCUGCUGGGUCAUCCAGCUCUUCAGCCUCGUGUGCACGGUCAAAGGCUACUACAACCCCAAGGAGAUGCUGGGCCGCGACCAGGACUGCCUGCUGCCGGUGGAGGAGGCGGGCGUCCUGUGGGACAGCGUCUGCUUCCUGUUCCUGCUGCUGCAGCGCCGCGUCUUCCUCAGCUACUACUUCUUGCACGUCCGGGCCGAGCUCCGCGCCACUGCCCUGCAGGCCUCCAGGGGCUUUGCCCUCUACAACGCUGCCAACCUCAAGACCAUCGAGCUCCACCGCAGGGCGGAGGAGAAGUCGCUGGCCCAGCUGAAAAGACAGAUGGAGCGCAUCCGGGCCAAGCAGGAGAAGCACAGGCAGGGCCGGGCCGGCCGCGGCCACCUUCAGGGCGCCCUGGACCCCAGCCAGGAGCCAGGGCCCGGCAGUCCAGGGGGCUCCUCCUCGCCACGGCCACAGUGGUGGCGGCCCUGGCUGGACCACGCCACAGUCAUCCACUCCGGGGACUACUUCCUGUUCGAGUCUGACAGCGAGGAGGAGGAGGAGGCCCAGCCUGAGGACCCCCGGCCGUCAGCACAGAGUGCCUUCCAGAUGGCGUACCAGGCGUGGGUGACCAACGCCCAGACUGUGCUGCACCAGCAGCGGCGGGAGCGGGCAGAGCAGCUGCCCACAGGAGGCGACCCAGGCCAGGAGGCAGAGCUGGCGGAGAGCUUGGAGGAUGAGGUGGCCGGCCGCAGCCACGUGAUGCAGCGCGCGCUGAGCACCAUGCAGCUCCUGUGGGUGCUGGGCCAGGCGCUGGUGGACGGGCUGACGCGCUGGCUGCAUGACUUCACGCGGCACCACCGCGCCACGAGCGACGUGCUGCGCGCGGAACGCUAUCUGCUCACACAGGAGCUGCUGCGGGGCGGAGAGGUGCGGCGGGACGUGCUGGACCAGCUGUACGCCAGUGAAGCUGAAAUGAUCCGUGAUGCGCUGAGCACACCACCGAGGCCCGCCCCAGAGCCCGAGGGGAGCGCAGGCCACCUUGUGACCCUGCCCUCCUGCAGCGGGCUGGGGGCGGAGGAGCCACUGAGCAGCGUGACCGAGGACAUCAGCAGCCCCCUGAGCACCAGCUACAACACCCACAGCAGCAGCGAAGAGAUGGUCACUGAGCCCAGGGCUUCGCUGCACGGCUCCCGGGAGCUUCCCGCCGGCGGCCGCACCAGAAUGCGCACAGCCAGCGAGCUGCUCCUGGACAGGUGCCUGCACAUCCCGGAGCUGGAGGAGGCUGAGCGGUUCGCGGCAGGACAGGGCCGCGCGCUGCGGCUGCUGGAGGCCGUGUACCAGUGCGUGGCCGCCCACUCGGAGCUGCUCUGCUACUUCGUCAUCAUCCUCAACCACAUGGUCACCGCCUCGACCGCCUCCCUGGUGCUGCCCGUGCUGGUCUUCCUGUGGGCCACGCUGUCCAUCCCACGGCCCAGCAAGCGCUUCUGGAUGACAGCCAUUGUUUUCACCGAGGUCACGGUGGUCGCCAAGUACCUGUUCCAGUUUGGCUUCUUCCCCUGGAACAGCCACGCCGUGCUGCGGCGCUACGAAAACAAGCCCUACUUCCCGCCACGCAUCCUGGGCCUGGAGAAGAGCGACAGCUACGUCAAGUACGACCUGCUGCAGCUCAUGGUGCUCUUCUUCCACCGCGCCCAGCUGCUGUGCUACGGCCUCUGGGACCACGACGAGGACCCUCUCUCGAAGGAGCGUGACAGGGGUGGUGGGAAGGACAAGGGGGCUGAGGAGGAGCCGGCCCUGCUGGGACCCCACGGGGAGCCAGGAGCGGCCAGGGCCCCCACUGAGGACGACAUCCCGGUGGAAGCAAAGGACACGCCCCCAGAGCCCCGUGACGAGAGGCGCGUCAGCCUGCAUCUCAGGAGGAGGAGAAAGGAGAGCACAGAACCCAGAGGACGGGCAGCCACUGAAGGCGAGGACGGCAAGGAGGUGGGAGCGGAGGCGGCGGCUGCAGAGAGCGAGAAGAGGCGGAGCCGCCUCCGCGAAAGAGUGAGGGCCCUGGGGCUCCGGCUGCAGAGCUUCUGCCUGUCUCUGGCCCGGAGCACAUACUGGCCGGUGCGGCGCUUCUUCCACGACAUCCUGCACACUCAGUACAGGGCGGCCACUGACGUCUACGCCCUCAUGUUCCUGGCCGACGUCGUCGACUUCGUCAUCAUCAUCUUCGGAUUCUGGGCCUUUGGGAAGCACUCGGCGGCCACAGACAUCACGUCUUCCCUGUCAGACGACCAGGUGCCGGAGGCCUUCCUGGUCAUGUUGCUGAUCCAGUUCGGCACCAUGGUCGUGGACCGCGCCCUCUACCUGCGCAAGACCGUGCUGGGCAAGCUGGCCUUCCAGGUCGUCCUGGUGCUGGCCGUGCACCUCUGGAUGUUCUUCAUCCUGCCCGCUGUCACCGAGCGGAUGUUCAGCCAGAACGCGGUGGCCCAGCUGUGGUACUUCGUCAAAUGCAUCUACUUCGCCCUGUCUGCCUACCAGAUCCGCUGCGGCUACCCCACCCGCAUCCUCGGCAACUUCCUCACCAAGAAGUACAACCACCUGAACCUCUUCCUCUUCCAGGGCUUCCGGCUGGUGCCGUUCCUGGUGGAGCUGCGGGCUGUGAUGGACUGGGUGUGGACGGACACCACGCUGUCCCUGUCCAACUGGAUGUGCGUGGAGGACAUCUAUGCCAACAUCUUCAUCAUCAAGUGCAGCCGCGAGACAGAAAAGCGAUACCCACAGCCCAAGGGGCAGAAGAAGAAGAAGAUCGUCAAGUACGGCAUGGGCGGCCUCAUCAUCCUGUUCCUCGUGGCCAUCAUCUGGUUCCCGCUGCUCUUCAUGUCCCUCGUGCGGUCCGUGGUCGGCGUCGUCAACCAGCCCACUGACGUCACCGUCACCCUCAAGCUGGGUGGCUACGAGCCCCUGUUCACCAUGAGCGCCCAGCAGCCGUCCAUCGUGCCCUUCACGCGCCAGGCCUAUGAGGAGCUGUCCAAGCAGUUUGACCCUCACCCGCUGGCCAUGCAGUUCAUCAGCCAGUACGGCCCCGAGGACAUCGUCACGGCGCAGAUCGAGGGGAGCUCCGGGGCGCUUUGGCGCGUCAGCCCGCCAAGCCGGGCGCAGAUGAAACGGGAGCUGUAUAACGGCACCGCCGACGUCACCUUGCGCUUCACCUGGAACUUCCAGAGGGACCUGGCCAAGGGCGGCACGGUGGAGUACACCAACGAGAAGCACACCCUGGGCCUGGCCCCCAACAGCACCGCCCGGAGGCAGCUGGCCAGCCUGCUGGAGGGCACCUCGGACCAGUCCGUGGUCAUCCCCCACCUCUUCCCCAAGUACAUCCGUGCCCCCAACGGGCCUGAAGCCAACCCCGUGAAGCAGCUGCAGCCCAAUGAGGAGGCCGAUUACCUCGGCGUGCGCGUCCAGCUGCGCAGGGAGCGAGUGGGCUCGGGGGCAGCCGGCCUCCUCGAGUGGUGGGUCAUCGAGCUGCAGGACUGCCAGGCUGACUGCAACCUGCUGCCCAUGGUCAUCUUCAGCGACAAGGUCAGCCCGCCCAGCCUGGGCUUCCUGGCCGGCUACGGCAUCAUGGGGCUGUACGUGUCCAUCGUGCUGGUCAUCGGCAAGUUCGUGCGCGGCUUCUUCAGCGAGAUCUCACACUCCAUCAUGUUUGAGGAGCUGCCGUGCGUGGACCGCAUCCUCAAGCUCUGCCAGGACAUCUUCCUGGUGCGGGAGACGCGGGAGCUGGAGCUGGAGGAGGAGCUGUACGCCAAACUCAUCUUCCUGUACCGCUCGCCCGAGACCAUGAUCAAGUGGACGCGCGACAAGGACUAGGGCCGCUAGCGGCGGGGGCGGAGCCUCGUCCCGGCCCCUGGGCCCUGAUGCCGCUGUCACCGGAAGCUGCGGCCCCCGGCCGGGCACAGCACUGCUGUCUCUUCCCGCCCUCCCUGCGGGGCCCGGCGGCCCGGCGCCCCCUCCCCACUCGUACUGUAGAGUUUUCUAAUUAAAACCUUUUUAUUUAUACAGAC